AUGCCCAGAAGCUGUUCGCUCCACUUCCUACAUGGCACAGUGAACGGACAUGAUCUAUUGGAUGAUCAUCUCCUUGUCGAUGAUGGUAUCACUGCAAGAAGGUUAGCUUCCCCACGGAUAAUCCGUCCUGCAUACACGGAUACUCGGUACGGAGUACGGAGUUAUCCACGUAUCUGCCAUCACUACGCGGGAGCAGGAGAAUCCGAAGCAUGCCUGACUGUCGAUCCGCAAACACUAUUACCGCACCGGCACGGCGGUCCCUGGGGAGAUAUGUGGAUCUUGGAUUCCCGCCCGCUGGGGUCUCCCUUCGUUUCCCGUUUCUGGUUGUGCAAAAUAAUUGCUGGUGCCGCUUUAUCCUUACUCGACAUUACUGUGGAGCUUGCGAGUGGUUCACUCGCAUUUCUAGAAACUGCCAGUCCUCCAUCCCACGGUAAGAGAUUGGAAGGUAUCCAUGAUGCUUCCAUUCAUUGGCCAUUGGUAGCGCGCCCAUGCACCACCCAGAGCAAUGCUUGGAGUUCCUCAUGGCAAACGCCGCUUUUGGACUACGACACCUUGAUACCCAAGGUAGUACCAAGGCGGCAACAGCAGGAGGAUGAAGAAGCGGUCAAAGAGCCUCUCCAACUCUUUCUUGGCGAUGCUGCUAUCGUCGUCCUAUCAACUAACCAUCUGCCAAUUCAGGUUUCUUACACUCCUUCUUUCUUUGGCCCUGCCACUGAAUGGUGGACUCGCGUUCUGACCACCGCGUCUUGA